AUGCCUGCCCGCAAUGCUGCGCCCUUCGACCUCGAGUCUCUCAAUGCCGCUCUGCCAAAGAUCUUUGACCAGGUCCAGAACACAUCUGCCAACCACCAGAAGAACUAUGUCGCGCUCUACAAGCUCCAUAGGGAGGCCGAGCAGGUCAAGUCAUCCGUUCAGAAUGAUAGAAGCACCAAGCUCGUUGGAGAGAAGGCAUUUUGGGACGUAUUUGACGAUAUGAUGCUACGGGUUCUCCCUGUUAAGAAGGGCGUCGGUCAGGCGGACAGGACUGUGAAGUUCAUGGGAGGUUACACCAAGUUCGCAAUGGAGAAGAAUUUCGAAUACCGGAAGGAACGUGAAUUGGAUGAAGAUGAAGACACGUUCGCCGACCGGUUCAUCACACAUGCCGUCCGCUUCUUCCUUGAAGGUUGCACCGCGAAGGACAAGGUCGUCCGGAUGCGCGUCCUCCAGUGCAUAGCAGAGACGAUCACGAAUCUAGGCGCGAUUGACGAGGACCUCUACGCAGAGCUUCGCGCUGCUCUCCUCGACCGCCUUCGAGACAAGGAACCUAGCGUGCGCUCAUAUGCCGUCCUGGCUCUCUCAAAGCUCGCGAUCUCCGAGGAAACGGCAGAGCUCGACGAAGACGAGCCCACCAUCCUCGACAUGCUCAUCGAAACCAUGACAUACGACCCCGCCGCCGAAGUCCGACGCGCCGCUGUCACCCACUUGCCCGCCACUCCGUACACCUUGCCCGCUCUCCUCGCACGCACGCGCGAUGUCGAUGCUGCCACACGGAGACUCGUCUACGUAAACGUACUGGAGAAAUACUGCACGGGCGUUGGGGAAGACUCCCGCACGCGGGUGGGCUUCACUCAUCCGCGCGUGCUGACCAUCGCGCAGCGGGAGCAGAUCGUACGGAAUGGCUUAGGGGACCGUGAGGACAUCGUGAAGAAGGCUGCGGCGCAACUGCUCGGGGUAUGGGUGGACGUCGUGCGGACGGAAGCAGGCAAGGAGGUCAAGCCGGAGGAGAACGUGAAGAGGGAAAAUGGCGAAGAGGUCAUCGAAGACCUCGUUGCGUUCCUGAACUUGUUUGACCUCGAGGAGGGGAAGGUGGCGGAGGACGCGCUAGGGAGCGUCUUUGACACGCGCGUCGACAUAUUCGAACACAUCGAGUUCUCUGACGACUACUGGACGAACCUCACGCCCGAACGUGCCUUCCUCGCGCGUGUCUUCGUCGACAAGUGCAUUUCCAAGGAGGCACAUGCACGAGUCGAGGCUACGCUCCCUGUCACCACCGCGAUGGCGUUCCGGAUCCAAGACGCUUACAACGCGCUCGCAGAGCAGAUGAAGGAAGAGAGCGCCUACGACGAAGACGACGAAGAAGAGGCGCGCGCUGCUCGGGAAGAGGCGCGGCUGGACCGCGAGCUGACGAUCGCGGAGCUGCUACGGCUCGCCCUUAACCUGGACUACAAAGACGAGAUCGGACGGCGCAAGAUGUCGCUGCUCGUGCGCGGGAUGAUCGCGCAGGACUUCCUCUCCGAGUCGCUCCUCGCACGGCCGCUCGACGUCCUCCGCGUGAUCUCGGAGAGCGAGCAGGACCUGAUUCGAGUCGUCGUCGAGGUCGUGCACGAGCUACGCGACCCCCCGACCGAGGAGGAGAGCGAGGUCAAGGCAGAUAUGAGCGUGGACCCGGACGACAGCAUGACAGAAGCAGGCGGGAGUCCGAAGAAGCCCAAGUUGCCGAAGCCGGUCGCAGAGAUGACCCCCGAGGAGAAGGCUAGGAUGGACGUUGUGGACUUGCGCUGCCUGUCGUUGUGUAUUGGCAUGCUCGAGCGUGUCAAUGGGACUUUUGAGGACAACCCGGUUCUGCAAGGGAUCCUCGGCGAGCUAGUCAUACCCGCUGUCAAGCGGCGGGAGAUGGCUCUCCGCGAGAAGGGCCUCACCUGCUUGGGGCUCUGCUGCCUCAUCGCACGCCACAUGGCGGCUUCCUCCUUCCAGCUGUUCCUCAACCAAGUCGCGGCCGCGCCCGAAGUGCUCAAGCUACGCGUGCUGCAGAUCAUCUUCGACAUCCUCAUGGUGCACGAGAGCGUGUUCCUCGCGCCGGGCAGCGAGAACGAGGGUCGGAUCGUCAUGUUUCUGCUGGCCAUGCUCGGCAGCGACCAGACAGACAAGGUGCACGCGCUGGUGUGCGCCGGCACCGCGAAGCUCAUGCUUGCAGGCUUGCUCGCAGACGAGCAAGUGCUGCUGGCGCUGGUACUCGCGUACAUGUCGCCCGAGACGGUCGGGAACCACGAGCUGAGGCAGUGUCUGUCGUACUUCUUCCCCGUCUACUCGUACUCGUCCGCCGAGAACCAGCGGAGGAUGCAGAGGACUUUCAUUCCGAUGUUCGAGUGGCUUACGAAAGCGUACCAUACAUGGGAUGGCGAGGAAGAUAUGGUGGCUCCCUCGCAGGCCGCUCUCAUGUUCGCCGACUGGACAGACCCCAUACAGGCUGCGUACGCCGUAAAGGGGCUACGUAAGGACGCUCACAAGGACCCCAUCCAUCUUGAUCUGGCGCACGACAUUCUCAAGGCUCUCUUCAGUAUUAAGUACAGCAAGGAGGACAAGAAAGCCCUGUACCAAGUACUCGGAAAGCUGUAUUUGCCCGACGAGGUAGACGCCGACAAGGUCCGCAUACUCAAGCUGCUCGUGGACACCCUGCGUACGCGCCGCCCGCCGCCGGACACGGCCGGGAAGAACGCGCUGAUCAAAUUCGACAGCGCGCUCGCGAAGAGAUACGAGAAGCAGCUCGAGAAUUUCAGCGAGGACGAAUUCAGGCAGCUCGAGGAGCUCAAGGAUCUAUUCGAGUUCCUUGACGACAUCGUGCCGCUAGAAGAAGACGAAGAUGAGCCCCCUAAGAAGGGGAGGAAACGGCGUUCCAUGAGUGUCGCUACAGAGACACCGAGCGUCAUAUCCGACGAUCGCAGUCCGCCGCCAUCUCCUCGGAAGAAGAGCAAGGCCAAGCGACGUCGUCUCUCCCAAUCAGACGAUGAUUCUGACGAUGAUGCUCUCACGGAAACGUCUAGAGCAUCUCCGUCAGCCACGCCUGCCCCCACGCGCUUGAUGCCGAAGCGAAACGCUGGUGAGAAGGGGAGAAACGCGACGAAAAAAGCGAUUCAAGAGACUAUUGUCAUAAGCUCUGAUGAUGAGGACGAAGAUGAAGAAGAUGACGACGGUGAGGGCGACGAAGAUGAUGAGAACAACGCGACCCCAGUCGCGAAAGCCAAGGCCAACGGCGCGAGGCGGUGA